AUGGCCACUGCUAUUGCUGGCCCGGUUAACCCUCCCAGUGCAACAGUCUACGUCCGCAACCUCGAAGAAAGAAUUAAGCCCGAUGCCUUAAAGUCGGCCCUCACAGAUAUCUUCUCCGAGUACGGCUCCAUCAUCGAUCUCGUCGCGAAGACCAACCUCAAGGCUAAAGGGCAAGCCUUCAUCGUCUUCGACUCCACCGAAGCGGCCGCCCGCGCCAUCGAAGAAGUCAAUGGCUUCGAGCUCUUCGACAAGCCCAUGCAGCUCGACUUUGCCAAAACAAGGAGCGAUGCCACCGUGCUGAGAGAGGAAGGCGAGCCAGGCCUGGAGAGGUGGAAGAGGGGCCGACUGGCGGAGAAGGAGAGGAAGCAGGCGAUCGAGGCGCAGAAAAAUCACCAGUUGAAGAGGCCGGCUGCUGCGCCUGAGAUGGCGAGCCGACCGGCAAAGACGACCAAGGGAGCUGGGUUGAAGGCUACAGGGACGAAUGCUGCGGCGGUGAUUCCGGAUGAAUACUUGCCGCCGAACAAGAUCUUGUUCUUGCGGGACCUACCGGAGGACUACGAUGCGGAUGGGCUGUCUACGAUCUUCUCGAGGUUUGAGGGAUUCAGGGAGGUCAGAAUGGUUCCUGGACGAAAAGGCAUUGCGUUCGUGGAAUACGAAGCAGAGGCUGGAGCCAUCAGUGCGAAGGAAGCGACGGCUGGAAUGCAAUUAGGUGAUGAAGGGAAAGGAAUCCGCGUGACAUACCAAAGGCAGUAA